AAUAUAUCAGUCUUCUUCUUCUUCUUCUUCUUCUUCUUCUUCUUCUUAAUUGUUUAAAAACUGUGAGCAUAAAGAAUGAGUGAGGGUUUAUCAAAAGCUCUUAAUGUAAGAAAGGUUGGGAGUGGAGAAGAGACACUGAUUCUAACACAUGGGUAUGGAUCAGACCAAUCUGUGUGGGACAAAGUUGUUCCCAGAUUGUCUGAAUCUUACCAAGUUGUACUGUUUGAUUGGUGCUUUUCUGGAGCUGUUGAGGACAGGAGUUUAUUCGAUGCUGCCAAGUAUUCUUCCUAUGAGCCUUUUGCCGAUGAUUUGAUUGCCCUUGUGGAGGAACUCAACCUCAAAUCUUGUGUUCUUCUUGCUCAUUCCAUGUCGGGUCUUAUUGCCUGCAUUGCUUCCAUUAGAAAACCUCACCUCUUUAAGAAGCUCAUCCUUGUCUGUUCUUCACCCAGGUUCUUGAAUGACAGGGAUAAUGAUUAUAAAGGAGGGUUCGAGAAAUCAGACGUUGACCAAUUGCUCUUUAACAUUGAAACUAACUUUGAUCAAUGGACUUCAAGCUUUGCAAACGUUGCAAUGGGUACAAAAGACCCUCUUUCCGUGGAAUAUUUGGACAAAAGUUUUAAGAAAAUGGGAGCCCAAGUUGCUUUAGCCCUGGCAAAACUCAUCUUCUUCAGUGAUUAUAGGAGUGUUCUUGACAAGGUUACUGUCCAGUGUACCUUAAUUCAUGCCCAGGUUGAUUUCGCGGUUCCGCCCGAAGUCGCUACCUUCAUGCACCAAAACAUUAGAGGUAAAGCCACGAUUAAGGUUAUCGAAUCUGAGGGACAUUUCCCUCAGCUAACUGCUCAUGAAGAAUUCCUUAAGGCUGUUCUUGCUGCCUUAACUUGAAUCUCUUUCCAGUUUAUUUGGUAAGGAAACAAAAUUCUCUGUAACAUCUAUGAUCUAUGUGGUUGUGCAUUAAGGUUUAUGUGCAACAAAUAAUAACCAGUUGGCCUGGUCUACCCUUGUUUCAGUGUGCUUUUGUAGUUUUUAUCAAUGUGUUUUAGUGUAUUUUCUUAA